CUCCCUCCCCCCCCCGCCCCCCCCGGUUCCCUUUGCUGCAGGAGCAGCCGGUGCAUGGGCAGUGCACGGGCACCGGCAGGAGCACGCUGCGCACCCCGCCAGGGCCGCCCCGCGCCGCCGGGACCGCGCUCGCCCCGCGCGUGGAACGCCCCUCCGGAGCGGAGGAUGAGUCGGGAGCCCCGGUGCGGAGCGCGGCACGCCGCCACCGAGCCCAGCCCGCCGCGGCGCUGAGGAUCGCCGGCCGCGCCGAGGAGCCGUGUCGGCGUCCCGCCGUGGGCAACGCGCAGGCGGGUGGGUGCCCCCGGCAUGGACGGCCGUGACUUCGCGCCCCCGCCGCGGCUGCUGUCGGAACGGGGCAGCCUGGGCCACCGGCACGGCACGGGGCGCGUGGCGGGUUCGGCUCACGGUACCGUGCAGCCCCCCGGACACUUCCAGCCCACCAAGUACUUCCCCGCGCCCAUCUCCAUGGCCACGCACACAGCCGGCAGCGGCCUGAUGGGGAACGCACCCGCCUCCUCCUUCAUGGGGGGCUUCCUGAGCAGCAGCCUGAGCUCGGGGGCACCCAGCCACCCCGCUGGCCCCGCCACCUCCCCCCCGGAGCCGGCUUUCCGCGGGCCCCACUCCGGCACCUCCCAGAUCUGGUUCUCGCAUUCCCACGAAGCCCCAGGGUACCCCCGCUUCUCCGGGAGCCUGGCCUCCACCUUCCUGCCCAUGAGCCAUCUGGACCACCACAGCAACAGCAACGUCCUCUACGGCCAGCACCGCUUCUAUGAGAGCCAGAAAGAUAAUUUCUACCUGCGCAACCUGCCUGCCCAACCCACCCUGCUCCCUACCGGCCAUGGCUUCCCCGGCAUUGCCCGCGCCGCCCCUGGGCCCCCCGCUGGUUCCUGCAGCCGGGAGCGGGAGGCGGGACCCCUGCCCAAGACCCCCAAGGACUACGACCGCUUCCUGGCAGGCAAGGAGAAGGUGGGCAAAGGGGACCCCAAGGAGCGGCCACCCGAGGAGGACCCCAAGGAGCGGCACAAGGCGGUGCUGCCAGUGCCACCGGAGGGGCACUGCAAGGAGGGGCUGCCCCCACGGGGAGCCGUCGACAGCCGCCCCAAGCACCUCGCAUCCUGCCUGCUGGGCGCCAAGGGGCUGGAGGGCGACGCCGGCCGCGCCGUGCUGCCCAGCUGCGCCGGUAGCGCCCUGCCCCGCGCCGGCCGCUGCAGCGCCAAGGAGCAGUGCCGGGGCGAGCGGGAGCCGGGCGCCCCCGAGGCCCCCCAGCCCUACGGCGAGUGCGUGGAGCGGCGGCAGAUGCUGCACCACGCCGUUUCCUACACGGUGCCCGCCGGGCCGGCCCCACUCGGCCCCGCCGCCGGCUCCUUCCCCUGCCUGCAGCUGCACGCCGGCUCCGAGGUGCUGUGCCCGCUGCCGGAGCCAGCCGGCCGGGAGCUGAAGCUGAGUGGGGCCACGCUGGUGCCCUCGGUGGGACACCUGACGGACAAGAGCCGCUCCUUCCAGGUGGCGGGGGAGGCCGGCGGGCUGGAGCGUGCCGAGGGCAAGGAGCGGCACGCCGAGGUGGGGGCCGAGCCCCCGGCCGCUUACGGCGGCCCCUUCCACCACCCGCUGAAGGCGGAGGGCCCGGUGGAGCGGCGGCUGGAGUGGGGGGGUCCCGGUGCCCGGCUGAAAGGGCUGGAGUACCUGGGGGGGGGGGCGGCUGAGGGGCCCCCCUUCGCCAGCCGGGGCCCGGCACCCAAGGGUGCUCUGGAGAAGGGCUACUUUGAGGUGCCGCCAGCGCCUGACUGCUCCCGCGCCGCUCGCCCCGACCCGCUGGGCGUCCGGGUCGGUCCCUCCUGCUGCACUUUAGAGAAGGGCCCCCCCAAGGACCCCCCGCUGGGGCCAGGUCCCCAGAAAGUGGCACGGAUCCGGCACCAGCAGCACCCCGAGGCAGAGGUGGCCAGCACCGGCUCUGAGGGCAAGCGCAAGCCCCUGGAGCUGAAUGCCCUGGGCUACGGCGGACACCCCCUGCCCCCCUGGGGCGUGCAGGGCCAAGGACCCCCCCUGGCCGUGGCGGAGGAGCGGAAGGGGCCCUACCUGGACCCCUUUGGCACGAGUCUGCAGCAGGCUGCGUUGAUGACUCAGGGUCCGGUGCUGGGCCAGGAGGUGCCGGCCGCCCCGGAUGAAGUCUCGGCCAUGAAGAACCUGCUGAAAUACAGCAACCAGGCACUGCUGGGGGGGCAGAAGGGCCCCCCCUUCGUGGGGCUGGGGGCCGUCAAGGGCAGCUGCGCCCACCAGGAUGCCAAGUUCCCCCCGGGGAAGGGGCAACCAGAGCUGGAGCGGCCGGACUGUGCCCGUGGCCGGGAGCACGACGGGCUGGCCCCCGGCGAGGGUGAGGUGCGGCAGCCACCCGUCGGCAUCGCCGUGGCCGUGGCCCGGCAGAAGGACACACUCGGACGACCUGAGCCCUCCUACGGUGGUGGUGGCUCCGGGCGGCAAGGUCGGGCGGCCACUGGUAUCAAAGCAGGCACUGCACGGCCCAUGCACCUCAUCGACCUGGAGGCAGAGGAGGAGCGGGGCCGGCUCUGCGAGGAGCGUCUCGGGCUGCCGGGGCGAGAGCUCCUUCUCCAGGAUAACAAGGACCUGGUGGAGUUUGCCCGGAUGCAUCCGUCGGGGGGCUGUCCUGGGGAGCUGACCCCCCACCUGAUGAUCGCCGGGGGCUCCUCGCUGCCAGCGGGGCAGCUCGGGGGGGACCCCGCUGCCCACGCCCACCCGGCACACACGCACUGGCUGCCCCGCACCCGCAGCCCCUCCAUCUGGAUGGGGGGACACUCCUACGGUAUCGGCCACCCCGCGCUGCACCAGAACCUGCCGCCCGCCUUCCCCGCCUCCAUGCCCAGCACCAUGCAGCCCGUCUUCCCCCUCUCCCAGGACCCCCCUGCCCAGCUCGUUAUCCUGCCCACUGAGCCCCCUGCCCACGGCACCCCACACACGCUGGCCGACGUGAUGGACCAGGCGUCACUGUGGCCCCCGAUGUACCCAGGCCGGGGCCCUGGUGCCCACCUGCAGCACACGGGGCAGCUGCCCGUGUACUCGCGCUCCCAGUUCCUGCGGCAGCAAGAGCUCUAUGCCCUGCAGCAGCAGCAGCGGGCAGCCCAGGCCCUUGAGAUCCAGCGCCAGGCGCAUGUCCAGCGGAAGCCGGAGGAGCAGCCCCUGGAGCUGGAGGAUGGGGGUCCCGAGAAGCCCCUCAAACCCUCUCACAAAGCAGUUGCCUUAAACCCCCCAGCCAAGGGCCUGUCCUCAGCGGCCUCCGGGCCCCCCAAGCUGUCCCCUUGCUGCCACUCUCCAGCCCUGCGGCACCCAGCCAAGUGUCCCGUGGCCCUCCCCGCGGCCCCCUGCACUUUACCCGUCUGCCCUGCUGCCAGCUCCGCCGUGGCCCCCCGCUCCCCGGCUGACAGCCCCCUGCCCGUCCAGAGCAAGGGCAGCGAUGGCGAGGACAAGCGCGGAGAGGGGCAGCCGCCCCGCGACUACCCCAAGUCCCUGGAGCCAGACCUGCCCCCUGGCUACAGCUACCCCGCUGCCGGCAUGGGCUUCUCUGAGGCGCACUCCGCUGAGCCGGCCGACCCUGACACUAUGCACGCCGGCUCCCCGCCGGCUGAGCCCGAGCAGUCCCGGACCUUCAGCCCUGCCGGGGAGGUGCUGCGGGAGCCAGGCCCCCCACGGGAGCCGCCGGCCGGGGGGACGAUGGCUGAGGGUCCCGGGGCGCUGCUGCACCGUCACCACCUCCUCCUCGCUCCAGGGCCCCUCUGCGGGGAGCGGGGGCCGACCCCGGCCGCGGGCACCACUGAGGAGCGGGCACCGGUGCCCUUCGGGGUGCGCCGAGAGGCAGCUCAGGGAGGGCCGGAGCAGAGCCCACUGGAGCAGCAGCACCCAGUGCCCGUGGCGGGGGCCUCCCCACUGCCCCCCACCCUGGAGGAGGAGGAGGGGGAGGAGGAAGAGGAAGGUGACAGCGAUGGCUCAGACCCAGAGGGCAACUGCGAUGAGGAGGAUGGUGACCGCCCCAGUGGGCGACAGGGCUGCCUGGGCGGCCUGGAGGCACUGAUUGCUGCUGGCAUUGACCUGGGGGAGCUGCCGGCGCUGGGCUCGCCUGGGGAACCUCCCCCGGCCCCCCCUUCGCCUGCCCCUCAUGCCUCAGGGAUCCCCGGGAUCGCCCUGCUCAGUGAGCUCGCCGACCUGGAGCUGCGCCGGCGCCGCUGUGACCUGGCCCUGGAAGGGGAGGACGAGGACCUGCUGGCCUUCAACCUGCAGAACCUGGCCACGGUGGCAGCUGCCUGGUCACUGGUGGAGGCGGCCAGCCGGGAGGGCAGCCCACCCGCGCUCAGCCCCCUGCCCACCUCCCCGCCACCCCGUGCCCGCGUCCCGCGCCGCAAGUACACCUGGACGCCCAAAACCAAGGCCGUUUGCCCCCUGAAAGCAGCCAUCGAGCAGCUCAACACGCAGGAGGUGGAGGUGCGGAUGCGGCUAGCGGAGCUCCAGCGCCGCUACAAGGAGAAGCAGCGGGAGCUGGUGAAGCUGCAGAGGCGGCAUGACCACGAGCGUGACGAGAGCUCCCGGAGCCCGGCACGGCGUGGCCCAGGGCGGCCGAGGAAGCGCAAGCACUCCAGUACGCUGGGCAGGGCCGAGAGCCGCAAGGUCAAGGCGGUGAAAACCAGCCUGUCCCUGCUGUGUGCUGAGCUGCGGGGGGACCCAGAGCCCAAGAAGAAGAGGAGCAAGCUGACCGAGGCGGCGUUCGGCAGCCUCAAGGGCUCCCCGGAGAAGGUGCGGUGCAAGAAGAGCAGCUCGCAGGGCAAGCUGGCCUGCAAGGUGGCUCACAAGGUUUCACAGCUGAAGCAGAAGGUGAAGAGCAAAGGGCUGCCCGCCGGCAUCAGCCCCUUCCGCCGGAAAGACCCGAACCCCAGCGGCCGCAUCCAGAAGAAGCUGUCCCGUCCCAAGAGCUCCAAGGCUGCCAAGUACCAGCCGCAGGAUCCCGACUCCCGCCAGCCUGCAGGCUUCAAAGGCAAGGCCGGCACCGUGCUGGGGAUGCAGGGUGCAGCACGGGGCUGGGGGUGCAGAGCAGGUGCCAGAGGGCCAGGCCCAGGGGGUGCAUCCAGCUGCAGGUGUGGCGGGGUGGCUUGUGCCAGGGAGUCACACGGGGUCUCGGCUCACCCCAUCCCACACAGGGAAGCAGCAUCUCCCUGGGCAUGGAGGGGGGUGCAGGGGCUCCCCCUGGGUGUACGGGGUCCCUCAUUGCUGCCCCCUUCUCUUGCAGAUGAGCACGACGGGGACACAGACAGUGAGGACGAUGGUGAUGAUGAGCCGGGCUUGUCCCUGCUGCCCUCAGUGCCUGUGGCCGUGCUCGGACCCUCCCCAUCCUCCGUGGUGAAGAUGGAAGCCAACGAAAAGGCGAAGAAGAAGAAGGAAAGGCAGGGACUACUAGGGCCCUGCCGCCUCGGCAGCCCCGAAGGAGAGGUGAAGAUCAAGCGGCGGCCGGUGAAGCCGGGGACUGGCAAGCUGGAGAAGGUACCGGUGCGGCGGAAGGCGGGUGGCUGCGAGGGGGGUGGCAAAAAGAAGCUGAAGGCCAAGCCCAAGGAGAGCCUCCGGCCACCAGCCCCCAGCGGCCCCAGCGCUCCGACCCCCACCGGCAGCCUUUUCGCUGGCACCGACCCCCGGCACUUUGGGACGAGGGACGAGGGGGCUCGCCUAGCCAGCGAGAGGCUGAAGAAGGCCACGCGCAAGAGCAAGGUGCUGCAGUCAGCCCUGAGGCGGAAAAAUGGGGCACUCUCGCUGGCCCUGUCCCCCCGGAGCGCCAAGACCAUCCUGAGCAAGGGCAAGAAGCUGGCCAAGGUGAAGAGCAAAGUGGCCACCAAGCAGUGCAAGGGCCGGGCGGUCAGCAAGCUGCUGGAGAGCUUCACCGUGGAGGACGACUUCGACUUUGACGACAACAGCAGCUUCUCAGAGGAGGAGGAGGAGGGGGGCUGCCUGGCGGGGGUGGCACGGGGGGGACACCGCUCCCCCCUGCCCCAUGCCUGCGCCAUCCAGAAGGAGGACCUGCGGGACGGGCUGCACAUCCUCAUCCCCAAGGAGGACAGCCUGCUCUAUGCUGGCAGUGUCCGCACCAUCCAGCCCCCCGACAUCUAUAGCAUCAUCAUCGAGGGCGAGCGGGGGAACCGGCAGCGCAUCUACUCACAGGAGCAGCUGCUGCAGGAGGCGGUCCUUGAUGUCCGGCCCCAGUCGCGCCGCAGCCUCCCACCGGGCACCCGCGUCUGCGCCUACUGGAGCCAGAAAUCCCGGUGCCUCUACCCAGGGAACGUGGUGCGAGGCUCCUCCAGCGAUGAGGAGGAGGAUGACCCCGAGGCGGUGAUGGUAGAGUUUGACGACGGGGACACAGGGCACAUCGCCGUCUCCAACAUCCGCCUGCUGCCCCCCGACUUCAAGAUCCAGUGCACCGAGCCAUCCCCCGCGCUGCUGGUCUCCAGCUCCUGCCGGCGGACAAAGCGGUCGUGCAGCGAUGUGCCCCCGCCUGGCGAGCUGCCCCCCAGCCUCUGCCCGGACCGCCAUGACAGCCCCGAGCCCCCCAAGAACUCGGGCAGGAAGGCGGCCGGCAAGGAGAAAAGUGGCAAAGCUGCAGAGGUGCUGUCGGGCAGCAAGGCGCCGGUGCUGAGCGACCCCUUCCUGGGGCGGCGUGGCGGGCCGCUGCUGAGCUGGUCGGCGGUGGCACAGACGAAGCGGAAGGCGGCGAGCAAGGGCACGGCCGUGCUGCAGAACCUCUUCCAGGUCAACGGCAGCGCCAAGAAGCUGCGGGCCAAAGAGGCCAUCUUCCCUGUGCACCACCACCACCACCUUGCCACCCCCGUCUUCGGCAAUGGCUUUGGGGCCGACUCCUUCAGCCGCAUCGCCAGCUCCUACGCCUCCUUCGGGGCCGGGGCUGGGCUGGUGCUGCCGGCUGCCCAGAAACUCCUGCGCUCCAAGAAGGCCGAGCGGCUGGAGGCAGAAAUGGGCAAAAGCAGCCGGAGAAAGGCAGGCAGUGAGUACCUGGUCAAGCUGGACCACGAAGGGGUGACGUCCCCCAAGAACAAGAACUGCAAGGCCCUGCUGCUGGCUGAGAAGGACUUUGGGGCCAAGCUGGAGCGGCCCCUGGCCAGCCACGGCUAUGCCCACGCGGCUCUGGCAGGCAAGGAUAGGAAAGGGCGGGCACCCGUGCACCAGCUGCCUGUGGGGCUGGCGCUGCGGAAAUACUCGGGCCAGGCCGAGUUCACCCUGAACUGCGACAGUGACUGCCACAGCUCCUACUCAGACAUGGACGAGGACGAGGAGGCGGGCGGGCUGGGCGCCGACGUGCCCUCGCGCUUUAUGACUCGCCUCUCAGUUUCCUCCUCUUCCUCGGGCUCUUCCACCUCCUCCAGCUCCGGCUCCAUCUCCACCUCCAGCCUCUGCUCCUCCGACAAUGAGGAUUCCUCCUACAGCUCCGAGGACGAGGACUCCACGCUGCUGCUCCAGACCUGCCUCUCCCACCCGGUGCCGGCGCUGCUGGCGCAGCCGGAGGCCCUGCGCUCCAAGAGCGGUGCGCCGCAGCGCUGCUUCCUCACCAAGGCCGCCGCCGCUGGCCCCAAGGCCAAGCUCAAGCGCAAGGAAGCCCUCAGCUUCUCCAAAGCCAAAGAGUUCUCCCGGAGGCAGCGCCUGCCCUCGGUGGAAAACCGGCCAAAGAUCUCUGCCUUCCUCCCCGCACGCCAGCUCUGGAGGUGGUCGGGGAACCCCACGCAGCGGCGGGGCAUGAAGGGCAAGGCGCGGAAGCUGUUCUACAAGGCCAUCGUGCGAGGCAAGGAGACGCUGCGCAUCGGGGACUGCGCCGUCUUCCUCUCGGCCGGGCGGCCCAACCUGCCCUACAUCGGGCGCAUCGAGAGCAUGUGGGAGUCCUGGGGCAGCAACAUGGUGGUCAAGGUCAAGUGGUUCUACCACCCUGAGGAGACCAAGCUGGGCAAGCGGCAGAGCGACGGCAAGAACGCCCUGUACCAGUCGUGCCAUGAGGACGAGAACGAUGUGCAGACCAUCUCCCACAAGUGCCAGGUGGUGGGACGGGAGCACUACGAGCAGAUGACCCGCAGCAAGAAGUACCAGGACCGGCAGGACCUCUAUUACCUGGCGGGCACCUACGACCCCACCACGGGCCGGCUGGUGACCGCUGACGGGGUGCCCAUCCUCUGCUGACCCCCCGUGCCCACCCCGGGCGCCGGGAGGGGGAUGGGGACGGGCAGCCCCCCCUUCCCGUGCACCCCCUCUGCCGCGGGGCUCCUUCCCGGCAAUUAUGCAAAGCCUGGGGUGGCUGGGAUGGGCGUGGGGGCAUCAUCGUCGUCGUUGCGGGGGGCGCGGGGGGGGGGCUCCCCUACAAGCCAUACUUUCCCUAGUACCUCUGACUGUUUGCCAGCAGGUGAAGCAGAAAUCAGGUGUGUUGUUCUAUUUAUUUUGCGUGUAAAUAUUGUAUUUCUUCCGGGAAGUUUUAUGGAAAACAGACAAACCAACGAAAAAAAAGCAACAAAACAAAAAAAAAAGAACAAAAAAAAAAAAGAAUAAUAAUAUGGGGCAGGGUGGGGUGGGGGGGGGGGGGGGGUCGCGUUUCCGUUUCAGUGCACUGUUUCCCCCAGCCUGGCUGGGACGAGGACAGCGGGGGAGCUCUGUAUAUAGGGGGGACGCGGCGGCAGGGCGGGGGGCUUGGCCCCCCAGCAUGGCUUGGGCACGGAGGCGGGCAGGGGUGGGCUGGCGGGGUGGCUCUCCCAGCUCCCCCCCCCCCGCCCCCCCAACCCGGGGGUCCCAUUGCCACAGCUUGGCCCCAGUGCAAUAGCGGGGCGGCCGCGGUGCUGGCGGACGCUGGCCCGUCCCGCCGAGCCCUGCCCGCCGCUACCGCCGCUGCCCCGCGCUGUAAAUGUGUACAGGCCGCGCGGCGGCGGGGGCUUUUCCAGUGUAAACACUAAAAAAUACACAAAACAAGACAAAAAAGACCAAAAAAAAUUUAAAAACCAACAAUAAAAAAAAAGGAAAAAAAGGAAAAAAAGGAUUAAAAACACAAAGGUUUUAUGAACAGCAAACUCUAUGUAAAGGCCUUUUAGUAUGGAACUUUUUUUAUUGAUAACUUGGCUUAUGAAUAAAUAUAUGAACCGUU